GACAGGUCACAAGAAGCUGUUUUUGAUGAUUCAUUGGUUUAAUAUAUUAAUAUUUACUCGUGUUCUACAAUAUAAAAUGUCAGCCCAGCUGCUGAAAAAAGAGAGGAAGGAAGAAGAAUUUGGUGACUACCUAUAUGGUCCUCUUCAGACAAAUGAGCAGGUGGAGGAAGUAGUUAGCUUUAAAACUGAAAAGGAUGUGCCAUCAACCAUUACACACCAAGAAUUUGAGAUAAUACCUGUGAUUAUUAAAAAAGAAGAGGAGGAAGAUGAUGGCUUUAGUCCUGCAACAGGCAUCAAUCCAAGAAUCCAGCCUAUCAGAAGUUGGGAUAUGAAGGAAAGAGGAGACAUGGAGAGACACUUGACACUGCCCUCCAAGCACAGGAAGCAUUCACUGGACAGGAAGACCUAUAAAUGCACCCAGUGCUCUACAACCUUUCCCUCAUCUUCAAAACUUGUGCAUCACCAAAGAACACAGCACAACAUCGGGCCCCAUAAGUGUGGCGAAUGCGGGAAGCUGUUCAGAUAUAGUUCGGAACUCAAACGACAUACCACAACACACACAGGAAAAAAGUCAUCUUCAAAACUUGUGCAUCACCAAAAAACACAUCACGACAACAGGCCCCAUAAGUGUGGUGAAUGCGGGAAGCUGUUCAGAUAUAGUUCGGAACUCAAACGACAUACCACAACACACACAAGAAAAAAGUCAUCUUCAAAACUUGUGCAUCACCAAAGAACACCGCACAACAUCGGGCCCCAUAAGUGUGGCGAAUGCGGGAAGCUGUUCAGAUAUAGUUCGGAACUCAAACGACAUACCACAAUACACACAGGAAAAAAGUCAUCUUCAAAACUUGUGCAUCACCAAAAAACACAUCACGACAACAGGCCCCAUAAGUGUGGCGAAUGCGGGAAGCUGUUCAGAUAUAGUUCGGAACUCAAACGACAUACCACAACACACACAAGAAAAAAGUCAUCUUCAAAACUUGUGCAUCACCAAAGAACACCGCACAACAUCGAGCCCCAUAAGUGUGGCGAAUGCGGGAAGCUGUUCAGAUAUAGUUCGGAACUCAAACGACAUACCACAACACACACAGGAAAAAAGUCAUCUUCAAAACUUGUGCAUCACCAAAAAACACAUCACGACAACAGGCCCCAUAAGUGUGGCGAAUGCGGAAAGCUGUUUAGAUAUAGUUCGGAGCUCAAACGACAUACCACAACACACACAGGAAAAAAGCCAUUUCAAUGUUUUCAAUGUGGGAAAAGCUUCAGUCGCAAAGGUUGUCUCAAGACACAUGAGAUGAUCCAUUCUGGGGAAAAGCCAUUUGAGUGUUCCAGCUGUGGAAAAUGUUUUAUUCAAAAGGUGGAACUCAAGAGGCACCAGGGGACCAUUCCAUCAACGGUUCUGGAUGAGGAACGAGGACACAGCUGUUAA